AUGCAUGAGGCGAAAAUCAUCGCGCUGGUUGCUGCAGCAUGCAGUGCCAUGGCAAUUUUAUCAUGUGUGGUAGUGAUACCAUCACUUUACAACGCUAUCAAUGAGGUACAUGAUGCGGUAAUAGAUGGUGUGCAGGUUUUUCGCGUUGAAACCGAUUCAGCAUGGACCGAGCUCAUGGAUGUACAAAUUAGCGUGACACCGCCGAGCAAACCACGCGAAAACCCCUUUAAAAGCAUUUUUCGUAAGAAGAGACAGGAUUUCUCUAGUUUGCCGGAUUACUGUCACUGCGAACCAAUCAAGAUCACUUGUCCUCCUGGACCGGCCGGUCCAGCUGGUGAACCAGGAAGAGAUGGGCCACCUGGACCACCUGGGCCUCCGGGAGAAGAUAACACAGUAACAUAUGCACCGGUGACAUGUCCUCCUGCUGACACCUCUUGCAUCAAAUGUCCAGCAGGGCCAGCUGGACCGCCAGGAGCGGAUGGUGAGCCAGGACCAGCAGGACCUGAUGGUCCACCCGGAUUGCCGGGAGCCGGAGGAAAUGGAGGUAAACCCGGACCACCAGGACCAAUCGGUGAUGCAGGCCAACCAGGAUCAAUGGGCCCACCCGGUGAAGCAGGACCACCCGGCAAAGAUGGAGAAAGAGGGAAAGGUGCACCAGGACCUCAGGGACCGCCUGGACCGCCAGGAUCACCUGGUUCCCCUGGUCCAGAUGGCGAAAAAGGAGCAGAUGGAAAGCCAGGUCUCGCAGGACCAGCCGGUCCUCCGGGAAAAGAUGGGUAUCCUGGAGAAGAAGGCAAACCUGGAUUACCUGGAGGUCCUGGUCUUCCAGGAAAUGAUGCAGCAUAUUGUCCAUGUCCUCCACGCUCUGCUGUAUUCAUCAGUCGUUUCACUCAAUAA